AUUGUCGAUAAUGUUGCAGUAAUGCUGAGCACGUGUAGUCUAACAAAAAAUACGCUUCCAGUCGCGUUUAUCACCUAACCUCGUUGCUAGUUCCGUACAAAAUAUUUUAAAAAUAAUAAUUUGGGCAAAUACAUUCAUUUAUCGUUGUUAUUUUUAGAAAGCAUCAGUAAUAUUAAAUUAUUAUAACCAUACAUGGUUUACAAGCGUAUAACUUAACGUAUACAAGAGCUGGAUUUUAAUAUAAAAUGAAAUUAUGGAUUAUGGAGAAACUACAUUAGUAUUUUUAAAAAAGGCUGGUUUAGCAAUAGUGGCUUACUACAUAGGAUACAUUCAGUACUCUAUAUUAUGGAUAGUUCUGGCUGUGAUAUUAGAUAUUGCAAAAGAUUUACAUUUGAAAUCCAAAUUGACAAGAAGAGAUUUGCAUCGAAAACUAGCUACGAAUGGCGAAAAAGAUGUUAUUGGCUCAUUGUCUAAUUUACCAUCAUGGGUAUGCUUUCCAGACAUGGAACGGGCAGAAUGGGCGAAUAGAAUAAUUAGACAGUUAUGGCCAAACGUAAACAAUUAUGUUCACGACGUUAUUAAAGAAAUGUUACAAAACAAACUGAACAAAAAAUUGGGAAAUAAAAACCUAUUUUUCGAAAGACUAUUUGUUGGGAAAAUCCCUUUUAGAAUUGGUGGUAUAAUUGUUUACGAACAUACUUCACAAGAUGAGAUCGUUUUGGAUAUGGAUAUCUCGUACGCUGGUGACUGCCAUAUAGUUAUUACAUAUGGAACGUUAAAAGGAAAUAUUAAGGAUUUUCAGCUCUAUGGUAAAAUGAGAGUGAUAAUUAAACCCCUGAUAGAUGUUUUGCCUCUUGCAGGCGGAUUCCAAGCCUUCUUUCUAAAUAAACCAGACAUCGAUUUCGAUCUGGACGGCGUAGGUGGACUUCUAGAGUUUCCAGGUUUUAAGCAGCUUCUGAAAAAGAUGAUUUUAGAUAGCAUUUCGUCUGUGAUAGUUCUACCAAAUAAAUAUCCGAUGAGGUUUAGUAAGAAAAUCUCCAAACAGGAUAUUAAAAUUCCUCGGCCCAAGGGAGUUCUAAGGAUACAUUUGAUACAAGCCUCCAAACUUGUCAAAACUGAUAUAUUAUUGACAGAUCCGUAUGCUAUACUCUCUGUGGGCAAUCAAGAAUACCAAACUUCAGUAAUGGAACAAACUACUAGACCUAAAUUUGAUUAUUGGUGCGAGUUUAUUGUUGAAGAAAUAAGGAGUGUGAAUCUCCUUAUCAGUCUUUGGGAUUGCAACACAAUUCAAGAAGAUGAAUCUCUGGGAAGCACAAAAGUGGAUUUAGCAGACCUGGUUAACAACCAAAAUAGAGAUAUGUAUCUCAAUUUACGUGGUGUUAAACAUGGGCAUGUCCAUAUAAGGAGUACAUGGUUAACUUUGAGCUCUACUCGAGACGAUUUACAGCUGAUCAAGAAUGAAAUUCGACAACUUAAAGUUCCGUCCUUAAGUUCCGCUAUUCUAACUGUGUUUGUGGACUCGGCCUCAAAUAUAUAUGUGGAUUCGGACUCCACAGAGAAGCUUUAUACUUACGUUCAAAUCGAAGUGGGAAAACAACAAAGAACGACAAAAACAUUUAAGAAACAAAUCGAUCCCGUUUGGGAAGAGGGGUUCAUAUUUUUAGUCCCUAACCCUGAGGAUGAUUAUGUAGUAUAUAAACUGUUUAAUGAGAAAGAAGAAAAAAUAAUAGGUUCGGUAAUUUAUAGCAUCGAUACUUUGUUUCAUGAAGACGACUUUACAGUUCACAAAAAGAUUUUUAAGUUGUCCCAAUGUGAAACUGAUAGCGAAAUAUACAUUUCUAUGAAUUUGAAGAUACUGAAAAAUGAAUCAACUAAAAAUGAAGAUGAGACUAAUAUAAAGAUACCCAAACAACCAGCAGGAAAGCCAAAAAAUGACAGUUCGACGGCUAACCACUUAACGGAACACUCGAGCUUAUCUAGCUCAUCAUCGUCUUCAAGCAACAGUAGCGACAGUGACAGCGUAAAGUCUGAUAUUCUAUCACCAGCAAAAAUAAAAUUAACCCUUAGAUACAGUGUCCAGAGACAAAGACUUAUAGUGGUUGUGCACCAUGUAGAAGACUUGCGUUUUGAUGAAACCAAAGGAAUAUACGUAAAACUGUAUUUAUUACCGGAAAGACACAAAGACACAAAACGUAGAACAGAAGUAAUUCGGACAGGCAAAGAUCCAAUUUUUGAUGAGAGUUUUGAAUUUUUCAUUCCCCAAGAAGAAUUAGGAAAACAACACUUAGAAGUAUCGGUGUGCGAAGAGAAAAUGCUAAAAAAUGAGACUAUCGAAAAAGUGGUCAUCGAUUUGGAUAAGUUGAGCCUGGUACUGCCCCACACGAGGCUGUUCAGAUUGUACCACAAAUCACACGAAAGCUAAAAAAUUUUAUAUAUUAAAAUUAAUAUUUAUGUAUGCUUUUCUCGACAAAAUGUUCUAUGAACAUAAGUUAACAAGGACAUUUUUGACAAAUAUACGCUCACUCUAAUAUAAAAUAUUUUGUAUUUUAUGUGUUGCUUUUUGGCAUAAAACUAUAUUUUGUAUUAACUCUUUAUAAAGGAAUAGAAUAUUUGAUUAAA